GAUAUCAAGUGUUGAUUCAAGUCGCACUUUCGUACAUGGUAAAAGACGGAAGAACAAACGAAAUGUAUAUGACUCGCUAUACGUUAUCAACGCGCCCAUCGCUUCGCACGAAUAAUGAAACGAAAGAUUUAUUUGCGCCGCAAGGCUGCAUUGGAACGGGAUGACCCGGAAGAGACAUUCAGCAUAGACUCUGCAAAUAGCGGAGACAUGACACUCCCUGAAUAUCGUCAGAAGUUUACCAAACUCGCAAAGUUUGCACCAACCUUAGUAAAUACCCCAACCGAUCGCAUUGAGGAGUUCAGGAAGAAACUUCGACCUGACCUCAGGUCACGUGUAUUCGUUCUAACCACUGUAGAUUUCGCGGAGGCCUACGAUCUCAUUGCCAGGGCAGACAGCGACUUGAGUGCUUGCAUUGAGUAUCUGAAGACAAAUAAUGUCAGCUCAAGCACUCACCGUCCCACCGGCUCUGCCUCAAAAGGGAAAAGGCCCUUUCAAGAACCUAGCAAUUCACAUUUCUCUAAAAAGGGAAAACCUGUACAAACUCAGUCGAUGGCCUCCGUUGAUAAGUCCAAAAAGCGGAGGUAUCCAGCUUGCGAGCACUGUGGAAGGAAUCACCCUGGAGAAUGCUGGCUUAAGCAGGAUUGUGUCUCGGCUGUGGAAAACAAGGACACUUUAGAAAGGAGUGCCCUACAAACCCCGGAGAACCGUAUCCACCUGCCCCUGUUGUUAGUCAAGCAGCAUCGGCACGACCUGCACCAAGUCAACGCUCAGCAGCGGGGUCUAAUCCAGCCAAAAAUCAGAACCAACAACAAGGACGAGCUCCUGCUCGUACAUAUGCAAUGAAAGCACGAAUUGAGGAGAACCCUGACGUCAUCCAGGGUAUGUUCUCCUUAUUUGAUACUGUCAUGCAUGUGUUGAUAGACCCCGGAUCAACUUUGUCUUAUAUCUGUGUACAAAUGCCUGAAAAAGCUGACAUAAUGAAAGAACAUUUAGAACAACCUAUACCAGUGUCUAACCCGUUAGGACAUAGUAUGAGGUUAG